AUGUCUCAGGAACUAGUAUAUGGAGAAAAAACUGAGCAGCAUAUUUCACCAAAAAUUGUUCUUGUUUCAUACUUUAUUUCAGUACUAGGGUCAUAUACUACACUAGAAUUACUAAGACAUCGAACAUCGGUUCAUGGAAUAUUCAACUGGUCCCUACUUCUGAGUUCAUCACUUUCUAUGGGAGGAAUUGCUAUAUGGAGUAUGCAUUUUUUGGGAAAUCGUGCAAUUAUUCUACAUGAUGGGGAUCCCCAAUAUCAACUAGAAUAUAAUGCAGGAUUUACAGCAUUAUCAUUUUUUCUUCCAGUUCUUGUCUUGCUUUUAGCAUAUUUAUUGACUGGAACGAAUGAAAAAGUAUCUCCUAUACGUAUUUUAGGCGGGGGAAUAAUUGGAGGCCUAGCUAUUUGUGGAAUGCAUUAUACAGGCCAAGCAGGAAUUUCGAAUUAUAUAGCCUUUUAUAAUAUUGGAUAUGUGAUUGGAUCGGUAAUUAUUGCCAUCUGCGCAACGGUAUUUACCUUAGCACUUUUCUUUACACUUCAAUCUAAAUGGACAAAUGCAUGGUGGAAAUUAUUAGGAUGUUCAUUUCUACUCGCUAGUGCUGUUUCAGGCAUGCAUUGGAUUGCAUCGUUAGGUACAGUCUAUCGAUAUCGUCGUAUCACGAAUAAAGGUAUAUCUCAAAAAACAACUAUCAUUUUUAUUGGUGUUAUUUCAGCUACAGCAUGUUUCUUAUUAUUGGCCCUAUCGUUCGAGGCAACACGUCGAUUAAAGGCUAGAAAAGAUCGAGCACAAAAAGUUGUUCUUACACGUGCUAUUUUUGAUAGUGAAGGAAAGUUAUUAGUAACAAUCGAUGGAAUGCUUAUUUCUCAUGAAAUCACUGAUACGUAUCAUAAACGAUCAUUAAACGAUGAAUUCGAUGUGGAUCAUCAUGUCUUUUAUUGGAUUUAUAAAGUCAGCCGUGCUUGGAAAAGUGUUAUCAAUCUAGUUCCAAUUAUGAAAGAUCAUGUAAAAUUAUCAGAUCCUUCCGAUAACCAACAGAUUGAUUAUUCAUUGAUCUUUAAAGAGCGAUUUAUAGUCACUGCAACACGGCUUGCAGAAUUGUUACAUGAGCCAUUACAUCAAGUAGGCAUCCUUUAUGAUGGAAUUAUGAAAACAGGACAAAAAAAGAUACAACAAUCAAAACAUGACAAAGAAAUAUUAAAUCCAAUAUCAAGAAUGUACGGGAAAGGUCAAAUGUUGUUUCUUAUCAAACAUGCAAAUCGAUCAGAGUGUAAUCGAUAUUUAUCAUAUGGAUUCCGAUUUGCACCGGUUCAUUUAAUUCUGGAUGGACUUGUUCGUUCACUUCAAGUUCCCCGGGCAGAGAUUACAGAAUACAUUGACAGUAUGAGACUAUAUCGAAUCUAUGAGGAUUCGUAUAAACCAGGCAUUUAUGUCGGCAUUUUUAUCAUCAAAGCACACGUACAUCAUGGCCUAAAAAUUUUGGUAGAUAAAUUUAAUGAUUGUAUGAUACCGUGUAAAAUGUUAUCACUUAGAAUGCUUGACCAGGAACAAAUGUCAUUUUUAAAAUCAUCAGAAAAUGUAACAGCGAAACAAGUACUUCAUUUUUUAACCCAAAAUGAUCAUCCACAAACUUUUGGUUCAUCUAUGACAUUAUUUAAAGCAGAAUUGAAGGAAGCAUUAUUGCAAAUCAGUCGAUAUGUCAAUGAAUAUCUUUUUCAAGAUGCAAUCCUAAUUCCAGAGCUCAUACGUAUCCCAUGCUCAGGUCAUUAUCAAGGAAAACAUGCAACCAUAAUCUUAUUUCGUCACAUCAUACCUAUUCAUGUUCAUUUACAACCUAAUAACAAUGUUAAAUUUAUUCCACUUAGUCUUUUCAAAGCGAAUCAAUGGUCUAUUUUAGGCCAGGGAGAAGCAUUGUUUACACAAGAUAUUCGACGUGAUUUUUCCCCAAUUUUGAAAGAUCUUGAACGUAUUCGAACAUCGCAAUCAUCUUAUCCAAUCAUUACAACUAUACAAAAAUCUGAGGAAAACUUUAAUCCAACUUUCAAUGGAAUUACCAUUUCCAAAUCAGUUAGUGUUUCGAUCGAAGAUCAGUUCAAUACGCAUUCACAUGGAAACAUUACUAAUCAAACCGCUGUAGAAACCACUAGUUGCGAUGUUUUAUGGGUAGAUGAAGUACUAAGCGGAAUCGUAUGGAAUCAUUAA